AUGGGCUCAACAUCAAAGGUGUCAUUAAUUCCCUGGGAUCCUCUCUCCGAGCCUCACCGAGAACGGCUGUAUCAACAGCGGGUAGAAUGCUCCUGGGAUAUGGACAAAGUCAACGAAAUAUGGAAAGAUGCACAGCUCAGAGGUGAAAAAUGCAUAUACUGGAUUGUCCUCGAAACCGAUGAGUCAGAGCAGAACCCCGACUCAAAGCUGAUAGACACAGCUGCCUCUAUCAACGCAGUACCACGCCAACCUUCGAAAACACAGUUCCAGCCCAUUGGGCAUAUCUCUCUGGAUUCCAAAAAUGAGGAAUCGGCGCAUGUUGAUCUCGAUAUCCCAAGUACCGGUGUUUUCUGGAUCAAGUCUUUCUUUGUCCGGCAGUCUGUCCAGGGCAAAGGAACGGGACGUGCGGCCAUGGAUGAAGUCGAGAAAGGGGGUGAUCAGGUUAGAGAGGAUUUUGCAAAGGCCACAUAUGGGUCCGUUCCAAAGCUGACAUUUGAGAAGAUCGUCAACGAGGACUGGUAUAGUAGACGGGGGUACAGAGGUAUCAAAAUUGUGCAAAACUUCUUUGAUGUCAGAGAUAGAAGUGGGAAGAAGUGGGAUGCUAAGGCCAUAUUCAUGCGUAAAGAUAUUUCUUGA